AUGUCAGUUUUGAUUGCCCUCUUCGGCCAGUUUGGUCAUGUGUUUUGCCAGCGUUUUGUUCGCCCUUCUCUGCAUACAGGCCGUUUUGUAAGCCUGUUCGUAGACCGACAAACCGAGCGCAGCCCCACAAGGCCGGCUCGGCCGACACCUGCUCAGUCGCGGCCGCCGGCAUGGGCGAUGUUGGCCGGACCGGUUGGCGGGCAAAACAAACCAACAAACCAACAAACCAACAAACCAACAAACCAG